AGCCCUCGACGCGAGGCAGGGGCAGCGCACCACCUCCCGUCCCCUUGGGAUUUACCGUUGUUCUUAUUCAUUCAUUCAUUUUUUUUUCGAAGGUAGGGUGGGGCUUCCUUUUUUUUUUUCCUUUUUUUUUUUCCCUUUUUUUUUUAUUGGGGUUGAAGCAAAAUUAACUAAAAAAAAAACCCCAAAUAUUUGAUUUUAAAAGAACGCCCUUUAGAAGCAAAGCAGCUGCCAUAACGUUGGCAGGAUGAACGGGACGGAAGGUAUCAAUUUUUACGUGCCUAUGUCCAACAAGACCGGGGUGGUGCGAAGCCCCUUCGAGUACCCCCAGUACUACUUAGCCGAGCCCUGGAAAUACCGUGUUGUGUGUUGUUACAUCUUCUUCCUCAUCUCCACCGGUUUGCCCAUCAACCUCCUCACCCUCUUGGUCACCUUCAAACACAAGAAGCUCCGGCAGCCGCUCAAUUACAUCUUGGUCAACUUGGCGGUGGCUGACCUCUUCAUGGCCUGUUUUGGCUUCACAGUCACCUUCUACACCGCCUGGAACGGCUACUUCGUCUUCGGACCUGUUGGCUGUGCCAUAGAGGGUUUCUUCGCCACGCUGGGAGGCCAAGUCGCCCUGUGGUCCCUCGUUGUCUUGGCCAUCGAGCGCUACAUCGUUGUCUGCAAACCCAUGGGAAAUUUCCGCUUCUCCGCCACCCAUGCCAUGAUGGGCAUCGCUUUUACCUGGAUAAUGGCUUUUUCCUGCGCCGCUCCACCCCUCUUCGGCUGGUCCAGAUACAUGCCGGAGGGGAUGCAGUGUUCCUGCGGCCCUGACUACUACACACACAAUCCAGACUACCACAACGAGUCCUACGUCCUCUACAUGUUCAUCAUCCACUUCAUCAUCCCAGUCGUGGUUAUUUUCUUCUCCUACGGGCGCCUCAUUUGCAAAGUCCGAGAGGCAGCUGCCCAGCAGCAGGAGUCUGCCACGACCCAGAAGGCUGAGAAGGAGGUGACGCGGAUGGUGAUCCUCAUGGUGCUGGGUUUUAUGCUGGCCUGGACACCCUACGCUGUGGUGGCAUUCUGGAUCUUCACCAACAAGGGAGCGGACUUCACUGCCACGCUCAUGUCAGUGCCUGCCUUCUUCUCCAAAAGCUCCUCCCUUUAUAACCCCAUCAUCUACGUCCUCAUGAACAAACAGUUCCGUAACUGCAUGAUCACCACCAUCUGCUGCGGCAAGAACCCAUUUGGGGAUGAAGAAGUCUCCUCUGCCGUAUCCCAGAGCAAGACCGAGGUCUCCUCCGUCUCCUCCAGCCAAGUAUCACCUGCAUAAGAGCACGGACAGUUUGAACUGGGGCGACCUGCCGAGCUUGGGGAACGGAGACAGACACCCAGGCACCCACGGUCUCAUUCCACGCAGUCACUCCCCUGCGCACCAGCACCCUCCCCUGCUCCAGCGGUUCACUGUGCACCUUCUGCCGUAGCUGCCCCACCACGUGCAGCCCCCCAAGCCCCACGCACGCUUGUUGGGGCUCCCCCCUACACCCAUGAGUGCAAACGCAGCACGCUGAGCUCAUCAACACCCCAUCCCUGGAGGUGUUCAAGGCCAGGUUGGAUGGACCUUGGGCAGCCUGAGCCAGUGGGAUGUGUCCCUGCCCAUGGGAGCAGGGUUGGAACUGGAUGAUCUUUAAGGUCCCUUCCAACCCAAACUAUUCUAUGAUUCUAUGACACAGCCCAGGUUCCCUCCCCAGUUUUUGGGGAUCAUUCCUACAUCAGCAACCCCCCUGCUUUGUUCACAUCGUGUUAAAUCACCAGCAGGAAACCCCAAAGGGCAGCGUUUUCCUCCCCGCUAGCAUCUCCUUUCCCUGAUGCUCAAGGGAAUGACGUGGAAGGAUUCGGCCCUCAUUUGCAAAAACUAAGCAAACUGACAAAGCACCAAAAAAACCCCAGAAGCAGGAACCCAGGGCUGGAGCGGUGCCGGCUGCUCCUUGCCAGCACCCGAGCCUGGGGCGCGCCAGAGCUGCGCACCCCGCUGCCGGCACAGCUGAUGGAAAUCAAUACCUGUAGUCUUUAUAAAUCAAUAUAACAAAUGGAGCCGUGAGCCGGCUUCGCUUCAAUCCCAGCUCUGUGUAUCCCCAAGACAUAUAUAUAUAUAUAUUAUUUUUUUCUUUUUGUCUUGGAACCUGUAAAUAUUUGCUCACAUACUUUGAGGUCUCUAUCUUUCUCAGCCCUUUCCUUCCUCCUCCUUCUCCCAGCUCCAAGGCAAGAGAAACUGUCUUUCAACUCCACUCCCAACACCCAGACAUGCACGGCCAACACUGGAGGGUGGGAAUCGGUACCCGAGUGCUUUCC